AUGGUUUACAAGCGCCUACCCCGUCAGAUCAAGCACACUGAGGUUCGCUAUAUGGGCUAUUCGUGGCCCGACACGAAAGUGAAACUCGAUUCCACAUUCGUCUUGAUCACACGUCACCUCCCAGUCGCUAUCCUAAGGACAAGCCGCCAGGUCUAUGCCGAGGCGCACAGUAUCGUCACAGCUCUGAUCAAAAGCUUUGUGACAGAGUCGGAGCCGCGGGCCAUAGGCCGUGAGGACAAUGGGAAUGCGUUUCUUGUACUCGCCACAUUGAUAGCGACUGAGCGUAAAGCGCUUUUGACUGGUCAGCCUUACCAUGUGAGCGACGUCAUUCAGCGACACCCGUACCUUGCCUCUCAUCCAUGGGAAACCAGACGACCGCGCGACAUUGCAAUCUUUUUCGGUCAAACUGCACUGGCGAAAACGUCAGACACCGGGAUCUGGGUCGCCAAAAUCGCUACUGUAUACUUCCAGAAGCAGGAGAACGUGAUGGACAGGCUGCGUGCGCGGCAUUCCUUGAUCAUCGCCCCUGGCCCCCAAAGAACUCCUCCGAGCGUAUUAGAGUUUUUUCGACGGGAAUAUGAGUCUGGUCUCGGCGUUCUCGUUCAUACAAGCUUCAAGGGUAUCCUCGCAUACGCUCCCAACGAAGAGUACAAAGUCACAGCAAAGAACGUCCCUGUCAAACUCAACGUAGACAAGUUCAAUUCGGAUGGGACCUGGACCCUGGAGACUAGUAUGAGCCAGGAUGAUUGGAUUGGCAAUUGGGUGCCUUCUUCGUGA